UUAACGUUUGCGCGUAGAUUUAAAUACUUACAUGUCGCGACAUCUGCAUAAAAACACAGACGAAGUAUAGGAUAGACAUAGCAAACAAUGUUAAAUUUUGUCACACGCUCUCGGGGGACUUAGGACCCCCUUCCUAUUUUCAUGUCACACCUUGUCAUACCGACUUAGGCUGUUUUUACAUGGCAAUUCUAUAAGUUAUAAGAAAUUAGAAUCAAAAAUAUUGAAUACAGACUUAAAACGUAUCUUUAAAAUUGUGCACUAUAAGCAAUUAUGAGUAUAUAUAAAAAUGUGAUAUUGAGACAAAAAAAUAAAAAAAAGACACGUCUUUUUCUUAUUUAUUCAUAUUUAUUUAUGCUCUGUUGGUAACGUUGUAAGUGACAUGAGAAUAGUAAGAGGGCUGCAUUAUCUCUCGGCCCUGGACAAAAAUUUACAUUGCAUACUAAUCUACCUAUAUCUCGUCGGUGAGGCUGUGCUAUGUACUUCUGUCAUAACAAUACACUAAUGCACACGUGAUUUAAGUAAAUUUUAUUAAAAUAAUAAUUGUACGAAUUAUUUUAUUCUGUGAUUUAAAUAUUAGAGCAAUAAAGUGCAGUGAAUAUGUAACUAUUCAUUUUAUAAUUUAAGUACUUUUAAUGCGUAAAUGACAAAUGAAAACUUGAAUUAAAAUGAAUUUGAAUUUAUUUUAUAUAAUACUAAACCAAUGAAGUUAUAUAUUUGUGUAUAACAUUUAUGUCUAAAAUUCAUGUGAAGAUAAUUAUUUAUAAAAAUGGAUAUUUUGAAGGCAGAAAUAAUGAAAAAACGUAAGCAGUUGGAAGAAAGCAAUGUUUUGCAAAAUAAUAAAAAGUAUUUCAAAAGGAGUGACUUAAUAUCUAAAGAUACAGAAAUAAAAGAAGUGCAAAACAAUAAUGACGAGGACAUUAAAGUGAAUACAACUCAACAGCAAGAAGAAUGUGUAAUGGAUGGUAGUUCGGAACACUUAACUUUACCUAGGCAUGAAGUAAUUAAAAGAUUACGUGAAAGAGCCGAGCCGAUAUUAUUAUUUGGAGAGUCAGAGAUUGAAGCUUUCAAGAGAUUAAGAAAAUGUGAAAUUUUAGAACCUGAAGUGAACAAAGGUUUCCGAAAUGACUUCCAAGAAGCUAUGGAACAAGUAGAUCAGGCAUAUUUAAAUGAAAUACUAGCUUCCUCAAAGCCCCAAGAUCGCAAUGGAAAAGGAGAUGUAAAUGUACCAGAUGAAGGAGUUACUUAUGAAGACUUACAAAAAAUGUCUAUUAAACUAAAUAAGGGCGACAGGGACUUUGAUUUAAAUGUCAUUACACAAUUCAUACAAUUUUUAGUACAAAUGUGGGGUAUUCAAUUAAACAGUCGAAGUACAGCAGAGAAAAUGAGUACUAGAGGAAAAAUGGCUAGUGCCACUUAUGCACAAACCAGGGAAUACUUAAAACCACUUCUUAGAAAAUUAAGGAAUAAAUCCUUGCCAGAGGAUAUCACUGAUAGUUUGACUGAUAUUGUAAAACAUUUACUUGAACGCAAUUACAUAUUGGCAAGUGAUGCAUAUUUACAAAUGGCUAUAGGAAAUUCUCCGUGGCCUAUAGGAGUAACUAUGGUAGGUAUUCACGCACGUACUGGAAGAGAAAAAAUUUUCUCCAAAAAUGUGGCACACGUAAUGAAUGACGAAACUCAAAGGAAGUAUAUUCAAGCUUUAAAGAGGUUGAUGACUAAAUGUCAAGAAUAUUAUCCAACAGAUCCAUCACGUUGCGUAGAAUAUUCCAAGACAUGAAGUAUAUAAAGAAAUAUAUAUUAUGGAAUGUAAAAUAUUUAACAUUAAUAAAAAAACGUGAAUGUAAUAUUUAGUUUAUUUUUACAUUUGUAUCAUAAUAUACAUAAAAUUAAGGAACUCAUUUUACUAAGUAAAUAAUAAUAUUGUAUUUUUAAAUAAUAUCGUAUUUUUUCUUUGUACUACACCUUUGAGGUAAUU